AUGCAUCGUGUGGUCAGACGACGUCGUUCGCUGGCCUACCUCAUCGUAUGCCUCGGAUUCUUUGCCACCUGGUGCAGUCUUACGCUCCUUAUUCUGUACCUGCAAGACAGUGUGAGGCUUUUUAUUUUUAUUGGUACUUUCAAAUUCUCAAAUUCGACAUCCAACAGAAAGGUUCUUCAUAUCCUUAUCGAUAAGAAAAAAAAGCGACGGUGGAAAAGUUGUGAGAAAUGAAAAUAAUAAGAUUAUCAAGAAAAAAAAGAAUUUUUUGACAGCUUGUUUCCUAAAUUUUUUUUUUCUCAGCUCUUCCCGCCUGGGAACUUUCAGCACAAGUUCGAGCGACAGUACGACCGUCCCAACUUUCAGGUUAUAAGAAAAAAAAACAAUUAGAAAAGUCAAAACAUUUGAGGUGGUUGUGGGUCAUUACAAUGGUAACUUGCCGGAAGAAAAAAAGCGAAACCUGACAGUCGGUAAGUAUUUGGUCGCCUCACUCUGACUUUUGUUCUCCUCUUUGAAAAUCGACACAAAAUCUCGAAAAGGCUAAAUCAUCAACAUACUUAUGUACUUUCUUCGACCAAUCUUCUACUUCAGGAAGAUAAAGUUUUUUCUUGACCUACCAGUUGCAACCAGUUGCACAGUUUGAGCCACAAUCAAAAGUUCGUCUUCGAAAUAAAUUAAAUUCGAGGAAACCUUUAAUCAAUUUAUUGUUUUUCAAAUUUUGGGAAAAUGCAUUUUCACCGAGUCCUGUAUCCGCGAAAUUCCUUUUUUUGGCAAAAAAAAAACUUGAAUCAUUGCAGCAGGUUUUGAAAAAAGAAGCAUUUCUAAAAAAAAAGAGUCUUCAUGCUAAAAUCCAAGUCCAAACUAUAGCGAGAAACUUACAAGGCUGAUAUUGAGAAUAACCAUAUCAAAAAGCCUUUUUGGGGUUGCAGAAGAACUAAACGCAAAUGGAUAUGAGCCACGAGAAUCCUGGGGAGAAGGCGGCGACGGCGUUCAGCUGAGCGACGCUGAGCAGACCAAGGCCAACGAGCUUUUCCCCAUAAACCAGGUAACUUUUCGGCUGAAAAAAAGGCUGAAACUUAUUUUAGUUCAAUAUUUACGUCAGUGAUGGGAUCUCAGUUAACCGCAGACUUCCCGACGUCCGGAAACUCGCCUGUCACAACAUUUCUUACCCAGGUUCGACUCAACAAAUACAAUUUAUUAUUGAACCUGGGGUAUAGCCAACUUUUCCCGACUUGAAAGACGAGGGAGGCGGGUCAAGGGGUGGGACGCGUGGCGUGUGCGUACGCGGUUCUUGGCACGAGUUCAAUUCAACCGCGAGCGAGCAUUCAGAGGACUUAUAGACGAUUCACGGCUAGCUUGGGACGCAAAAAGGCGUGGCCUGUCUGCACACUUCACUAACCAGGGCACUGUCUCGUCUCUUUUCGUGGCAGGACCCUUUUCUCGGUGGCUCAAGCCAGCCGUAAAUCAGCUAUAUUUAUCGCUCUUUUCACUCCUUUUUUAAUUAUUUAUUGAUUAUCUUCAUAUGCGCGUCAAAAAUAGUAGAAAUUACAGGAAAAGAGCGGUUGCCGAAACUUUUAAAUAGUUUAAACAGCGAUUAAAUUGAACUGGCGCCAAGAACCGCGUACGUACACGCUACGCGUCCCGCCCCUUGCCCCGCCUCCCUCGCUUUUCAAGUCGGCAAAAAUUGACUAUAACAAAAACAACGAAAAAAAAAAAAACAAAAUUUUGGCAUGGAGAUCAUUGAAAAACCUGAGAUUCAAUAGUUUUCGUUGGAAUUCGUAAGGCAUCGAUAGUCAGCCUUCUUGUCAGCCGAGCCGCCUAGCAGUCAAGUGAUCCAAAGAUAGAGGGAUAACGAAACAGAAAAAAGAAAUUAAAAGAUUAAGCUCUUCUGCCGACGACCUCCGUAAUUAUCGUCUACCACAACGAGGCGUUCUCAACCCUGGUCCGGACUGUGAUGAGCGUCGUGAAUCGUUCGCCGAGGCAUCUACUCUCCGAAGUCAUCCUUGUUGACGAUUUCUCUGACCGAGGUAUUCCGCAUCUCUACUUUCUAAGUGCUUUUCUUUUAUAGAGUUUCUGAAACGACCAGUUUUGGACGCAGUUUUGAAGAAACUUCCGGUAUAUGUCAAAGUGAUUCGAGCCAAAGAACGUGUCGGUCUCAUCCGAGCGAGGUUGAUGGGAGCUCAGGUUUUCGAUUAAUUUAUUUGAGCUAAUUAUCACCUCAAUUAAGAAAAGGAGAACGACGAAAAACAUUUGAAAACUCAAAGAAAACUUUAAAAAAGAGUCAAAAUUAAUUAGGAAAGUAUUCGAUAAGUGUUGGACAAGGUUAGCUACAGUCGCCCUUUACGACUCGAGACAGUCUGUCAUUGCCCACUGAAGCAGUCAAAUAGACAGGAAAAUAUAAAAACGCACAUCUUUGAAAAAUGUCUUUUUGUCUAUCAAGUACUCAGACUUAAGCAUUCAGACGCGAAGAUUUAGAUUGAAAAAAAAAAAUUAAUAACGAAGAAAAGGGUAAAGAAAAAGAAAAGAGAAAAAGAGAAUAUUGACCAAUGACGCGAGGAUGGAUAUAGUAAAAGAUCUUCGCUCUUGAGAGCUGAAUCCUUUGUUGGUAGAAACUUCAUUUAGAUGCGGUACGCGGAACAAGGAUUUGAGAGUCAGAAUAUUCAUUAAAAAUGACCGAAAUAGCAAAGUUAAAAUGAUGAAUGGAAGAGAGAGGACGGCAGCGCGUCCGCGGCCGGAUAGAUCUUGUCUUGGCUCCGUCGUAGCUUGGUUUUAUAGGCGCUGGACGGCGACGUCUGAAAGCUUUACAGUUAGAACGUUCGAAAUAACUGCGUAGGAGGUGGUAAGAGAUUGUACAGAAGCGGAGGCUCAGAGGGAGCCUUCGCUCGAGUCUUUUACCGGUCGCGUCUGGUGAUGCGGCGCGCGGUAUUGAAAACCUUUUAGCGUGGGUGCUUUUAGAUGACGCUUUGAUAAGGAGCCGAUUUCAACGAAAUCGAGGUUGUUUCUUUGAUCGGUCAAGUUCAAAAGAUUAUUCCUUACAAUAUGGAGAGCAAAAAUCUGUGGUCAGAUAUCAGAGCGAGAGCAAAAUAUAGUUGUAAUAUAUAGAUGGUCCAAUUAUAGUCGUUUUCCGAGUUGGUUUUUUCCAUUCGAAAAAGGUCUUUUUAUGAUAUUGAAUGUGAGAUUUGUGAAGUAUCUUGUUUUCAAUAAGUUUAAUUCAUUUUUUGAUAAUCAUUAUUGAAAGAAAAAAAAAACUAAUCUUUCUUGUCCCAUAAGGUCUUCUAGCCUGAUGGAAGAGUAAAAUUUUUUGUCUUUUUCAGCAUUUACUGUGUGAUAGAACAUAAUGUAAUAUUCUUCGGCAAACGUACUUUUUUUGUUUGUUUUUGUAAACAUUUGAAAAAAGUUUAUUUAGUUUUAGUUUGAUUUAGUUUGAUUUUACACUUCGCUAAGAAGUGUAUUCAUUGUGAGAGUCGAUUUCAAGGCCAAAUAUAGUUGAUUGGUUAUAAAUAGUUUGGUUUUUAACAUUUUCAGUGGGAUUUUGAUUUAAUUUGAAAGAGUAAUAAGCUUUUAUAGAUAAUUGAAAAACUUUCCAUAUAUAGUCCGUCCGCUGCGACUUGACAGUUUUCGCGUGUCUGAGUCUCUCUCUUUUCCCACACCGGCGAGGUCACAGAAACGCGAAAAUAGCGCGUCAACAAGAGAGGGCCGUCGAGAGACAAGGAGGGCGCAGUAUAUCUAGCAUCUUUUUUUACAGCUUAGGUUUAUAUUCCAUCAAAGGGAGAGUUAGUUCAGCAACCUGAUUCUAUCGAAAAGGUAACAUUGUUACCUCAAACGAUACUAUUCUCUUCUUUGAGAAUGAAUAUAUCAGAAUACGAAAUUGUUUCGAAGGAUGGAAGUAGGGCAAAACCUCCGGAAAUUCAGUAUGACAUUCAGGAAGCGAGCGGCGACGUUUUGACUUUCCUCGAUUCGCAUUGCGAAUGUACGAUUGGUUGGUUGGAACCGCUAUUAGCUCGGAUAAAGGAAAAUAGGUGAAACUCUAUGAAAUUCGUUGACUCAUCCAUUUUUUCAUAGGAAAGCAGUGGUUUGUCCUAUUAUCGACAUCAUCAACGACCACACUUUCCAGUACCAAAAGGGCAUUGAGCUGUUCAGAGGCGGAUUCAACUGGAAUCUUCAGUUCCGGCAAGUUUCUCUCUACUCGAACUAUUAUGCUCCAUUGUUCAGGUGGUACUCCAUGCCCACAGCAAUGGCGAAGAACCACCUCGUUCACUUGACAAAGCCCAUUGAGUGAGUUUUUUUAUCUUUCUGGUUCAAAUUUUCCUAACUCGGGAAAGGUUUUCACUCGGAACAUCAGAAAUUUCUGAGAAGUAGCCGGAUAAGUUCAACCUUCUUCCAGUGACUUGAGUUGCUUCAGCCGUUUUUCAGAAAAUAGUCCUGGAAAGGGAAAUGCUUACCAUUGACUCCUGAUUAUUCUUGACAGGUCUCCGACUAUGGCCGGAGGGCUGUUCAGCAUCGACCGACGCUAUUUCGAAGAGCUGGGCGAGUAUGACUCCGGCAUGAACAUUUGGGGCGGUGAGAACCUCGAGAUCUCGUUCAGAGUAGAGCCAUAUUCAUAACACUUCAUUUGUUCUCUAUUUGCUAGAUUUGGCAAUGUGGUGGUCGGGUUGAGAUCCUUCCAUGCUCCCACGUCGGCCAUAUCUUCAGGAAGUCGUCUCCGCACGACUUCCCCGGCAAGUCUUCAGGAAAAAUUCUGAACGGAAAUCUGCUGCGCGCAGCUGAAGUGUGGAUGGACGACUGGAAGUACUUCUUCUACAAAAUCGCUCCACGUUCGUUCCUUUUUUUGGAAAACAAGGCGCGAAAAGUUGUAGAAGCGCUGCACAUGAGGCGGUCGGAAGAUGUCUCCGAACGAGUGGAGCUGCGAAAGAAGCUUGUCUGCAAAGAUUUCGGCUGGUAUCUGCAAAACGUGUUCGUUGACCACUUCCUGCCCACGCCUGUUGACAGAUUCGGACGGGUUCGCGUCUUUCUUUUUCUCUCCAGUGAUAACAAUAGGAUCCGAUACGCCGCCACACUUUCUUUAUCCGCUUUCUUGAUCAAUUUGAAGGCCCACUCGGAUUGACCUACUUGUCACUUCUCGGAUUGAAACACCUUUCCUCUCACUCAUCUUUCCGUUUUCUAAAUAAAUUUCCAUGGAUUCUCAUUUUAUAUUCUUCGUAUAAGUAUAUUGCGCUCGAAAGGUUUUGAAAAAUAUAUUUUUGAAGUUUUAUCGCAAAAAACGUUGAAAAAACGUCUGUAAACCUCGAAAAAAAGAAAAAAAUUGGUCGAAAAUGUUUGUUUUGUACAAAAAAGCCUUUUUUUACCCGAUCGAGGUUGUACCAUUUCCCUUCAUUGUUUAUUUUCGAUUUAAUCCUGUUCCUGACAUGAAAAUCAGCUUCUAGUUUUAAAAUCGUUUUGAGCCAGUGUGUUCAAAUUUUCAAUACGAUUUUUUUUUUUCAAACGCCCGAAUAAUUUUUCGAGAAAAAACUUUGUGAAACUAUUUUCACGUAAAUAUUUUUCCAUCUCAUUUUCGCGACUAUUUUUGAGUGCUAUGAAGUUGAAAAAUUGGAUAUCUGAAGGUCACGGCCGCAGGCGUCUGCCUCUCGUGGCAGAUCGCCACGGGGUCGUCGAUCCGUCAGCCGACGACCGCCGUCAACUGCUCCGAGGCCGCAUUCACCAAAACGCAGGUUUGCAGAUGGCUGUCGGCCCGAGUUACUGUAUGGCGUACCGGCCUGGAGAGACUGGCCCCAAAAAUCAUCGGCUUCUUGCGUCGCGCUGCACGCUCGGCUUCGACGUGUGGCAGGUCCGUUGAUUAACUGGAUUAGGCGUGAAAGCUCGCUAUUCAUAAAGCAAUAAAAAAACGUCAUUUUUCUCUUUUACUUUCUCAUUUUGAAAACUAGAACCGAAAAACGUUGAACUUAACUUUGUUUCUUUUUUGAGAAUCCAUCUUUCUGAUUUAGAAUAAUGAUUCAAUUUUUGAUGAAGACAUUGUAAUAAAGAACUGAUGAAAUCAUAUGUUUACUGGCAAACAAGGCGCGACGACCUUGGGCACAGGAAAGACCAUAGAAAUCACGCCCUCGUUGUCACUUCCAGAAUAUUUGCACUAAAUCACCGCAAUGUUUCCACUAGUUCAAUCGAAGUAUUCUCUUUGUUUUGGCUUCAUUAUCAUCGAUUGAAAUAAUUCUUUUCUUUUAGUGAAUUCUCUGUUUGACGCGAAUCAAAAGUUUCUUUUUUUUCCUUUUCAAUUAUGUGCAAAACACGAGGGCCGAUCUAGACGGCGAAAGAUGCAGCGGCAUGCGCGAGGCGAGAUGGCCGAGUGGUCUAAGGCGCUGGUUUUAGGCACCAGUCUCUUCGGGGGCGUGGGUUCGAAUCCCACUCUCGUCAGCUUCUUUUUUGUGUCAUUCAGUGUGUUUUGCAGUUGUGGCUGUGGACGGCGGACGGAAGAAUUCGCACCGACGAGCAUCUGUGCUUGUCGGCGACACCAACCCUCCAGGCCGACGGCGCGUGGACUGUGCAGCUCAAAGAGUGCGCUGGAUUCGACAUAGAAUACUGGCGUUUCUCUCCCAAGGUUCCUAAGAAGUCUCGUUGCGAAAGCUACAAAUGUCGUUUACAGAUCGGCAGAUUUGAACAUCAGAAAAGCGGCCUCUGCCUGGCGGCGCCAGAACUUUUGAACGCGUCCAAAGACGAACUCAAACCACCAGAGAUGUCGUCGUGUCGAAGUCGGGAAACGACUCAGGUUUGCAAACUCUUUUCGAGAAAUAUAUAAUAAUUUUACACUAUCAGCAUUUUAUACUUUUUCCAAUUUACAAGGAGCCCUGUCGAAAGACGUAAGAAGUACAAAGAUUUUUCAGAAAUGGACACUCAACGAAGUGGAGUGGCGAUCAACUGAGUGA